AACUUCAAACAGAACAACAGGCUCGUAUAAUUUAUAUAAAGCUUUGAAGGCUCGGCUUCAUCCCAACUUAGGAAUACAAAUCUGAAGAGUGAAAAGUGGAAACAGAGAAAUCGAAGAAGGAAGAUAGAAAAUGGAGAGGUCUCAGAUCUGGCUGACUUUUGUGGUUGUGGCCUUGUUACUGGUGUCCGCUCUCGCAGACGAUGUCGUCGUGCUCACCGAGGAAAACUUCGAGAAGGAGGUCGGUCAGGAUAGAGGUGCUCUUGUCGAGUUCUACGCUCCCUGGUGUGGGCACUGUAAAAAGCUUGCUCCGGAAUAUGAAAAGCUCGGUGCAAGCUUUAAGAAAGCUAAGUCUGUGGUGAUUGGAAAGGUGGACUGCGAUGAGCACAAGAGCUUGUGCAGCAAAUAUGGGGUUUCUGGAUACCCUACCAUUCAGUGGUUUUCUAAGGGUUCUUUGGAGCCCAAAAAGUAUGAAGGUCCGAAUGCUGAAGCUCUGGUCGAGUUUGAUACUGAAGGAGGGACCAAUGUGAAGAUAGCUACAGUCCCCUCCAAUGUGGUGGUUCUGACGACUGAUAAUUUUGAUGAGGUUGUCCUGGAUGAGACGAAAGAUGUUUUGGUUGAAUUUUAUGCCCCAUGGUGCGGUCAUUGCAAAAACCUUGCUCCUACCUAUGAAAAGGUAGCCACAGUUUUUAAGUCAGAGGAAGAUGUGGUCAUUGCUAAUCUGGAUGCUGAUAAAUACAAGGAUCUUGCUGAAAAAUACGGUAUUAGUGGGUUCCCAACUUUGAAAUUUUUCCCAAAGGGAAACAAAGCUGGUGAGGAAUAUGAAGGCGGCAGGGAUUUAGAUGACUUUGUAAUUUUCAUUAAUGAAAAGUGUGGCACCAGCCGUGAUGGGAAAGGAGAACUUACUUCAAAUGCUGGUAUAGUGGCAAGUUUGGAUGCCUUGGUGAAGGAGUUUGUGGCUGCUAGCAGUGAAGAGAAGAAGGCAGUCUUUGCUCGGAUAGAAGAGGAGGUGGAGAAGCUCAAGGGCUGUGCAGGAAGGCAUGGAAAGAUAUAUAUCAAACUUGCUCAGAAAUACAUGGAGAAGGGGGCUGACUAUGCCAAGAAAGAGACUGAGCGGCUCCAACGCAUGCUUGAAAAGUCAAUCAGCUCAGCAAAGGCGGAUGAGUUUACCCUCAAGAAAAACAUUCUAUCAACUUUCAUGUUAUAGUUUCCCUUACAAGUGGAUAGGUUAGUGAUUAUCUACUUCUGUGAGGAUUGAUUUUUGUUCCACCUCUCUUAUCCCCAAUUUACUUUGAAUCUAAUCUCAAGCAGAGGCUUCUUUAAACAUUGAAUCAUUACCGGUCUUUAUUUUAAUUAAAGCACAGUUUAGUACUUAAGAAUUUGGUAAAAAAGCUAGUCAGCAGGGCCAUAUGGAUUGUCCCCUCUGUAUUUGUACCUUUCUUUACAUAGACGAGGCUUAAAUUGUUUUUGCAUAAAGGAUUUCUCGGCUGGUUAAUUUAUGUUCUCUUUCUACAAUACAAACUUUAGAUUUCUAUCUUGCUAUGGUGCCAAUGAAGAUAAGCUACAAACAAGUUAUUUGAAAUUUUAGUGCCCAGUUUAACCAGUUUAACCUUUUGAGGAA